AAGAAAAAAAUGCUGUCUCAUUAAUUGCAGAGUUUGAUUUGCUGAUUGAAGUUGAGAGAUAACUGUUAUCAUCACUAUAAUUCCGCCUUCUCAGUUUUUCUUUUUUUAAAAUUUCCUUGAUUUUCGCGGACCCAGAAGUGGGAGUAAAUAAAAAGAUUCGAUCUUUAUCUGUUUUCUUUUUCUUUCUUUCUUUUCUUGGAUUGAAUUUAAUCGUUUCUGGAUCGAUGGGCUGUGCCAAUUCGAAAAAAGCAGUGUGCGUGAACUGCCACGCGCCGUACUCGCCGGUCCGCCGGAGUGUGGAGUGGGAUCGGCCGCCGCGGAGAGAGGCCGAGAGCUACUACCACCACCGCCACGUGGUUUCCCUCACUUCCUCCACUUUUGGGUCUCUGCUGCUCGACCCUCUGGAUCCGAAUCAGAACCUCGUCUACGAAGACGAAGAAGGCGGCGAAGAAUUCUCAAACGGGAAGAUGAUCCCGGCGAUGUCACCCGGAGCCGGCGAGCCGGAGACCAUUAACGCGUGGGAGCUGAUGAAGGAUCUCGAAGAUUGCAACCAUGCCGAUCACAGUUUCUCCUCCCCUGUUUCUCCCAAUCAAUGGUCGGACUCCAAUUCGACUUCCGGAUCGAACGACACGUCCGUCGAAUUAGCGUCUGAAUUCGAUCCCCAAGUGCUGGAAUCAUUCCGGAAAGCUCUGUCGGAUCUCCCGCCGGCGUGCACUCCGUUGCAUCUCAGUCCGCCGGCAACAGACAAUCAGGAAACAGGGGAGGCGACACCAGGACGACGCAGAAACAGAGUGAUCUUUUACUUCACAAGCCUCCGAGGAGUUCGGAAGACGUACGAGGAUUGCUGCCACGUCAGAUCCAUUCUCCAGGAACUGGGAGUGAGGGUCGACGACCGAGACGUGUCUCUGCACUCCGGCUUCAAAGAAGAGCUGAAGGAGCUGCUCGGAGAGAGCUACAGAUUGCCCGGGGUCUUCGUCGGCGAGAAGUACAUCGGCGGAGCCGAGGAAAUCCGGCGAAUGCACGAGGAAGGGAAGCUGGAGAAGCUAUUGGAGCGCUGCGAAAGGGUGGAAGAAGGCGGCGGCGGCGAAGACGGCGGAACGGCCGGAGGGUGCGAGGCGUGCGGGGACAUAAGGUUCGUGCCGUGUGACACGUGUUCAGGGAGCUGUAAAAUAUAUUGCCAGGCUGGAAGUGAUUCGGAUGGGUUUGGGUUUCAACGGUGUACGGACUGCAAUGAGAAUGGGCUGAUUAGGUGUCCAAUUUGUUGUGAUUAGGGCCCCACCGCCUAAUCCCAUUUGUGUGUAAGCCUAUUAGCCACGAGAGAUUUGGUUCCUUAAUUAGACUUUUGUUUUUUUUAGUUGUUUCCAUGUUUGUGCAGAAGUACUAUGAUACUCCCUCGGUACAUGUUUUCCUCAUUUUUAAUAAUUAAUCCACUUUAAACUUUGAAGAAAGAUUUCCUUAAUUC